UCCCCCAACUAAGAUGUUCUUCUUUUUUGGUCUGCUCCAGGCUACCUGUUGAUUGCAGUUGGUAAAUAAUUUGUUUGCUGUAUCCCCCCUGCUGAACCUUCCCCAACAUGUUCAGCCUCUCAUGGAGUUGGAAGACCCUGAAUGCUGAAGAGCAAGCCUUUGCACCCUGUGUCUCUCAGCAGCAUCUGAUGUGCUGUGUGUGGUUGGAGUGUUGCAGCAGCAGCAGCAGGGCUAGUCCCUUAUGGGGAGGCAGUGAGCAUGUGCAGUGCAGCCCAAGCCUUCAGGACAAUUCGUUCGGCAGCACAGCUGUAACCGAGAACGAAUGUGAAUCUCCCUCCUUGCAUGAGGACCAAACUGUCUGUUCCAGGCUCAGCAGAGAUGACAAUAAUAAAGAAAACUACCCUCGCAGAGCUACAGAACUGGAGGAAAAUGCUGCUUCUUCCCGAGAUCUCCAGCAUCACAUGGACAAGAAGAUGUUCGAUGGCUCAACCAGACAUGGAAUUGGCAUCUUGCAAUCAAAGCAGCCCAGGUCAAGUCUCCGGACAGAUAAUGGGAAAAUCCACGAAGGCAAUCAGGAAAUUGAAACUAUAAGUCAAUGCCUUCCUGAAAUCUGGACUACAAAAGGAAUGAUGUCACAUGAGCACAGUCCUCAUGUAGCUAUGAGAGCAGCUGCUGAUUUCCAGCCAAGAAACAGCCCUAUUAUGAGGAUCCAGACAAUAGAAAUUGCUGAGCAAUUGCAGCAUGCUGGUGAGAAUUCCUUCUUGAAGCUGCAGGCCCUGGAAACUGAUCUGUGUUCUGCUUUCUUGCCAACCCAGGAGGAGGGGGUGCAGUGCCAUGGCAGCAAGGAGGCAAGCGGCUCACUAGUCCAGACUGUGCCAGGCGAGGGGCUCAGCCAUGCAGAACCAGCCAUGGUGCAUCGAGAGCCUCAGAACGACUCGGAUCACAGUGCGGAGGAUACACGCAGCUGUGGGACCAGCCGGCUGUUGUUCCACAUUACAGAUGGAGAUAAUCCUCUACUCUCUCCACGAUGUUCCAUCUUUAGUCAAAGUCAAAGAUUUAACCUGGAUCCAGAGUCUGCACCAUCCCCUCCCAGUAGCCAACAGUUCAUGAUGCCAAGAAGCACGUCAAGAGGGAACUGUGAAGACCCGAAAGAGCCUGUCACAGUCAUACAGCUCACCAAACAAAUCCAGAACCUCAAGAAGAGGAUUCGAAAAUACGAAGACAAAUUUGAGCUGGAGAAAAACUAUCGUCCAUCACAUAGUGAUAAGACCUCUAAUCUUGAAGUUCUGAAAUGGAUGAAUGACUUGGCAAAGGCUCGUAAGCAACUCAAAGAGCUAAAGCUGAAGUUAUCUGAAGACCAAAAUGUGCCAAGAGCAACACAAAUUCAGACCUAUGAAGAAACGUCUGUGGCAUCCAAAGCAAUGGAGCAGCAUGGAGCCACCAGCUCACCAAUGUCUUCUGUAGAGGAAACCGUAGAGACUGUAUGGAAGAGGCUAAAAGAGAAGAGACAACUGCUUAACCUUCCAGAAAACUUAAAGGAUAUGACAAAAAAGCAAAUGAAUCUGGAAAAAAUGAGUCUCCAGAAAUGUCUUCUGUAUUUUGAGAAUAUUCAUGGACGACCAGUCACAAAGCAAGAGCGAAGUCUUAUGAAACCUUUAUAUGACCGAUAUAGAAUUAUAAAGCAGCUACUAUCUACUGCAACUCUGAUUCCAACCAUUCAUGAAGAAGAGGAUUCGGAAGAUGACAGUGCCCAGAACUCGUCUUGUGAAUUCACAUUUAUAGCAGAACCAGAACAGGUCGUAGAUGAGCAUCUCUUUUAUUGCAAUGAGGAUCUAGAACCUGCAUAUGUCUCUCCUCUGGAUGAAAAACAUUUAGUACGACAGUCAGCGCUGUCCAUGUCCAACCUGCAUGAAGCAUCAAUGUCUGAACUUCUUGAUCACCUUCGAGAAACCAGAGCAGAUAAGAAAAGGUUAAGAAAAGCUUUAAGAGAAUUUGAAGAGCACUUUUUACGACAGACCGGGAGGAGCGCACAGAAAGAAGACAGAAUACCAAUGGCUGAAGAGUACUGUGAAUACAAACAGAUAAAAGCAAAACUUCGGUUACUGGAAGUCCUGAUCAGCAAGCAAGAUGUAUCGAAAACGAUUUAGAAUCUGCGAACACACCACAAGCGGUAUUCUGAGGACUAAACUUUGCUGUAUUUCUGCACAUGUAUGACACUGAAAUGCUCAUGCACUUUAAUAGUUAUACACUACCUGGUAGGGAUAACAGUAGCAAGGAAUUGAAAAGGGAUAAUUCCAGAUCUGUUCACAAGACAUUUCUCUUAGUAGUUGGAGGCCAAAAAAGCUAAGGAGGAAAGAUCAGUGAUGUUCAGCAAACCAAGGCAACCAGUCAGCCUUUGUAAGGUUGAAUGUCAUGACUGGGUGACUGGUAGCUAUGCAUCAUUAUAAUUCGAUGCUGCAUCAUGUUAAUAAAAGAAAUCCCAGUCUUGCUUAUUCAGUAAGGCACAAUCCAGUAACCCAUAACAGCCACAUCAACAAAAGAUUAAUUCUUUGACCACUCUAGAUUUAAAUCCAGGUGGUUGUUUUGGGUAUGUGCACUUUGCAUGCUAUCUUUGCACUGCUUUACUGAACAAGUCUGAAUGAGAAUGUCUUUUAGGAAGGUAAAGGUACUUGGCAUUAUUCCUUUACAAUCUCCAAAAUAAUCUGCUAAAGGGCAUUAUGGUUGUAAUCAGUCAGACGUUAUUUAAUGGGAUUGACUUAAUAAGGCUUUUAUCACUUAUGUUUGUGUAGUUUCAUUUUGCCAAUUUACUAGCAUUUUAAAGAAUACAAUUUAAAAUUUCAUCCAACUCUGUAACAUUUACAGUGGGAUUUGUGUAUAAUAAUGAGAGGACCAGAAAACGCAUUGCCUGUAACAAUCAAUCGGGUGUUUGCUUGCGUUUGUAGAAAAAUGGUAAUUGGUAUCCUAUUGAUUGGCAUGGGCAAUGCCUCCAUUUUCCUCCAGCAUUUAUACAUGGAUCUUUGUUUCUCUAAUGUGCUUCAUUGUUUGAAGUGCCUUUGAUAUGUUGCAGAUGUUUCCCUCAGUUGAUGUACAUGAAUAGAAUAUUCUAGAUUUGAGAACGUGAUCUGUUUAUGCACAGACUGUAUGUGUGUGUAUAUAUAGUCUCUGGUCAUAUUUUUAAUAUUGAGGUGUGUUUUUUUUCCCCCCCACUCUUUGUGCUAGUUUUGGUAAGAAAACCACACUUUGUCUUCUACAACCAAAGGCCAAUGAUGUAAGCAACAAGACUGCACUUUCUGAAAAUGGUAUUAUUUAAACUAUUACUGGAGAGGCGGAUUUAAUUCUUCCUGAAUGGAACAUGGCAUCUUUGUGUUCACAUUGGGAAAUUAAUUGGCUCUAUCUCUAGUGUUUCAUAUCUAGUUUUGUGAAAUAUAUUGUAAGAGCAAAAGUAUUUUUUAAAUAUUUAUUUUCUUGAACAUCUUUGUAAAAUUAAAGCAGCAUUGCAUAUAAGAAAAUAUGUAGUUAAAGGGCCAUUUUAAUUCUAAAAUAUUUAACAAUAUUCACUAAAUUCGGUUCUAGCAUACUGCCUGCAGUGGACCUUUUUUGUUGUCUAUGAAGCAGCUAGGUGUUUUUCUGUUUACUUUUUAAUUUGACGGUUUUGUAUACCAUAAUAGUUAUUAGUGUAUCAAUAGGCUUGUACUUCCAUCCCUUUUCACAAAAUUUAGUUAUCGAUGUGCUAUUUUGAACAUUUUGCAUACUUUAUGCAAUGUGUAGCCUGGCACUGUAAAAGGUAUAAAGGUAAACAUACCAUUAUUUUAUUAAUUGGGGUCAAACAUUUGAUAACAUGUGUUGCGCUAUAUAAUGCAUUGCAAACGUUUUAUGUAUUAGGCGGAUAUUUGUUAUAUUUGUGUAUCAUUCCGCCCCCCCCCAAAAGGUAUGUUUGUUUUUAGUAGAGCCUGUAAAUUUAAAUAAUAUUUCCAAUAUCACUUUGGGACACCAGUGAUGAGAGAUCUCUGCAUUUAAGUUCCUAAGUCUGCACACCCACCAUGACUAUAUAGCAAAGGGGGUAUAACGCCCCUUGUUGCAUUGUUUUACAAUGUUAAAGGAGCAGGUAGUGAGAAACCCAUAGCUUGACAGAAAGAGAGCCUGGAACUGUGCCACAAAAGACGUAAGAAGGCAGGCAGAGGCCACCUGUAGGAAUAUAAGGAAUUUACAGAAGCCUGAGUCAUUAAAUGAACUGUGCUGAUAAGGAUUUUUUUUUUAAAGCCGAGACCUCCCUCAAACUUAUGUACCUUUUUGGUUUGAUCAUCUAUUAUUUUAGCCUGCAACUCUAUUCAAAUGAAAUGUAAGCCUUUUUCUUUAUUGAGACUAAUGAAGUUAACAAAAUUACCUCUUUAAAAGGUAACCUCCUGCUGAGAAAGUGACAGUCGAGUCUGUCUUACCUCGAUUACCUAACACUCAGAUUAGUUUUUAUUUAUUUGUGCUUCUUCCCCUUUUUAUUGAAAUUUGAAUACUUCCAUACCUGCUUUUCGCUGUGGGCAACAGUGCAAGUUUAAAAGCAAAGAUAUAGGUCCAUAGUAGGUCAUAUAUAUAUGUCCAUUGCUAUACAUCAGUUGAGUAAUGAGGAUAUAAAAUAUUUUCCGUAAAUAGCACUUAAUGUUUAAAAUUUAAGAUUAUGGAUAGAAUAGCCACAUUUAACUAAAGGAAAACUCAUUUUUUUAAAGUUUAAUUUCAACUUCCUGUUGAAACUAACACUUUGUGUAAAUUGUGGAAUUUGCUUAAACAAUAUGAUUUGUAUAAAGAUUUGACUAUCUUAUUCUCUCUUGGGUUUCUAGACUUGCUUAAAUAUUCUGAAUGUUCCAUAUGGAGACAGAAUUGCUAUGCCAUCUGAGGUAUUAAUGUCUUGGCUGUGGUUUCUGUGACCACAUACUGAUAGUAAUUCUGUAGGCUGAGCGCCAUUAACAGAUCCUUCAUUACAACAGACACAACGUAGCACUAAAUUACAGGGCACACCCAGAGCAUAUGUUAACCUGGCAGACAAGAUGGUCAAAUCCUAUUUGUAAAGCUGCUUAUUCUACUGCCUUGCCUUACAAUAACAGAUUUGGCAAAAAAUAUGGUGUUGUGUGCUGGGACUGAAUUACAAGAAGGCCCUUGUGAAAAUUUUUCUAAAAUAUAUAUAUAUAUAAAUAAAUAAAUAAAUUGGUAUGUUUUGAUAGCAUUUAUAUUAUAUUUUUUUUCUUUGUUGGAGGGUGGAAAUGUUCAAACUUCCAACUCCCUCAAAAUAACCUAUUCAUGAAUGUUAAAUAUGCAAAGCUGCCUUAAUACUGGGUUUUCAUGUUUUUAUUAUCAAAGUUAGAAGUCUUAUUCCUCAAUACAGUAAGCUGUGUGGACUUUGAUGUAUGCUGCUAAUUUCCUUUUUCUACUCGUGUCACUCACAGGCACUCACACAGAGAAAACCACUUAGACCGUUUUUGCUGUUGUGCUAAGCACUUGUCCUUUUUCUAAAUAUUCCUACUGAUCAAAAUAUACUUUUUAUUUCUCUUGUAUCCAGAAUGCAUGAUUUUAAAGCUGAUGUUUUAAAAUUGUUUAUUGGGAGUGCAAAAAAAUUUCCAAUUGAAAUAAUUUUCAUGACUUUUAUGUGAUGUUUUUGUUCUGUAUGUGUGUGUUUUUUUUUUUUUUUAAAACACUGUAUAAACCGGAAUGACUUUAGUUGUUUUUAAUUAAAAUCUUCGAAGCAAGAGUAACAGGAACGUAUACACGAUUUCAAUGAAGUUUACAGUCUACAUCUUUGAUAAGGGAAAAAUGGUUUAUGACAUGUAUACAGUUGCUAAUAAAAUGUGCUCUAUAUAUUCUAUAUGAUUUGUAAAUAUUUUAUACAACGGUACAAAUAAAAUAUUUUUCUAUCAUA